CACCUGUGUCCCCCCUCCCUUUACGUUUCAACCUACUUCCCACUCUCCCUUCCCUCCGUCCCCGCGAAUCCCUCAUUUUCUAUUUUUUAUUUCUAAUCCUUCUGAAUUCUCCUUUUUUUUACGCUCUAACUGUUUCAAUUCCUUCGCUUCCUGUCCUUCCCACUAGACGUAAAGUGCCCUAAUUUUCAAAAAUUUCCCCCUUGUGGGGAAAUGUCGAUUCCUCAUAGGGCGUAGUUUUUGCUUCUCGCGAUCUAUUAAACGAAUAUAGUCGUAAAAAUUCGAAUUUUUGGCUUCACUUGAUUUAAUAAUUGUUUUAUUUUUAAUUCGGUGGGAUGGGAAGGGAGACCUCCUCGGAGGGCGAUGCUAGGAGUAACGGGAGGCGAGGGGACAAUACCAUCCAUCCACUCGAGAUAAAUCCCACGGCGCCGCCGCCGCGGCGGCGAGGCGGGCGCGACGACUUUCGGCCGUUCCGGACAUGGUUCCCGUGGCUGGUGCCGCUAUUCGUUGUGGCGAACAUUGUCUUGUUCGUGAUCGCCAUGUACAUCAACGACUGCCCGGAGAAAUCGCAGUCCUGCGUCCUCGACGUCCUCGGGAGGUUCUCGUUCCAGCCCCUCAAGGAGAAUCCCCUCUUUGGGCCAUCGUCCGGCACGCUACUGAAGAUGGGGGCUCUAGAUGUGCAAAAAGUGGUUCAGGAUAACCAAGGAUGGCGCCUUAUCACAUGCAUGUGGUUACAUGCUGGGGUCGUCCAUGUCCUUGCCAAUAUGUUGAGUCUCUUAUUCAUUGGCAUUCGACUUGAGCGAGAAUUUGGAUUUGUGAGAAUUGGCCCAUUAUAUGUCAUUGCUGGCUUCGGUGGGAGCUUGCUUUCUGCUCUUUUUAUCCAAACAAGUAUCUCUGUUGGAGCUUCUGGUGCUCUUUUUGGAUUACUAGGAGCAAUGCUUUCAGAACUUAUAACAAACUGGACAAUUUAUGCAAAUAAGUUUGCAGCAUUAUUGACCCUUGUCAUCAUCAUUGCAAUUAACCUAGCUGUUGGAAUCCUUCCACAUGUUGACAACUUUGCUCAUGUCGGAGGAUUUAUUACUGGGUUUUUUCUUGGUUUUGUGAUUCUUAUUCGCCCUCAGUUUGGGUAUAUCAACCAAAAGAAUGCUCCUCUUGGAUAUCAUAGGGGUUCAAUCAAACGGAAGCACAAGACGUACCAGUAUGUAUUAUGGAUCAUUGCAGCUAUUGCACUAAUAGUAGGGUUCACUGUUGGCCUAGUUAUGCUAUUCAGAGGGGUCAAUGUAAAUGAACACUGCUCGUGGUGCCAUUAUCUGAGCUGUGUCCCCACUUCAAAAUGGAGCUGCAAGGCACAAUCUAAGUCCUGCUUGACAUCGCAAAGCGGGCAUCAGUUGAAUUUGACUUGCCAAGAUAAUGGGAAAACCAAAGUGUACAACUUAUCUAGCAUGACUGAUGCUGCAUCUCAGAUUUAUGACCUGUGUGUCGAGCUUUGCAGUUGACUUGGGAAUGAUAUUUCAGUGUCGUACCAUCACUGAUUUAUUACAUAUGCAGGAAGAUGAUGCAUUAAUAUGUAGCCUAUAUGAGUUUAUAAUGUCCUGUGAAUGCCAUUUGUUCAUUUCUGUAACAUCGUUUGAUUGUAGGGAAACAUCACAUUUAAAAAUAGUUGCUUUCAGUUCUCUUUGCCCGUCCGUAGGCUGUCAUAGAAGGUUAAAUCCUGUUUUGCUAUGAAUUGAUGGGAGGGGUCAGAAGAUUGUUAUCAGAGCAUUGCUGAAAUCAUGAAACUUGAAUUAUAAUAUCUUCAAAUGUCAUUUAUACGCUAGAUCGAGCCACUUUCACAA